AUGGUCUCGUCUGAUUUUGCGGGAAGCACCACGGCCACCAUGUCUACGGGAUCCCCGUCAGUUAACGUCUCUCGCGAAGCAACUUGGAAGGCUCAGGGCUUUCAUGCUUCGUCUCGCAAACCACAACCUCACCACCUCGAGAUGGAGGACUAUUUCGCCGGCCCCAGAGAUAUGGCACGUCACUCCAAGUUGCCCUUUUUCAUGCGCCUGCACGGCAGUGUUCUGCCCAAGAUGCUCCUUCCACUACUCUUCAUUGGCGGCUGGGCGACUGCAAUCACAUUGAUCUCGAAAUACACUCGUGCCGACCUGGGCAUCAACUCGCUCCUGUUGACAGUGCUGGGUUUCGUGGUCGGUCUUGCUUUGUCCUUCCGUUCGUCAACCGCCUAUGAGCGCUACAACGACGGCCGCAAAUACUGGUCGCAAUUGGUGCUGACUUCCCGCAACCUGGCACGUCUGAUCUGGGUGCACGUCGAGGAGCGACACCAUGAGUCUGAGGAGCUGGGCAAGCGGGACCUUUUGGAUAAGCUGAGUGCUCUCAACCUCGUCAAUGCCUUCGCCGUUGCCCUCAAACAUCGUCUGCGCUUCGAGCCCGCCCUUGAUUACCCAGACCUGGAGCCAUUGAUCGCCCAUCUUAACCUGAUGGCUGGCACGGCCGACCAAGUCGCCCUACGCAAGAGGAAGCCUACGCCCUGGAAAUCCGCCGGUGAGUAUCUGGGUGUCUCUUUCGCCGAGUCCAACCCCCGCAAACUGAUCAAGCGUGCCAAUGACAACCUGUACNNUGGCAACCCACCACUCGAGAUCCUGACCUAUCUUUCGUCGUACAUGGAACACGUCAUGCAAGAGAAGCUCAUGACAGGGCCCAUCCAUCAAACGUGGUCAAUGAACAACUUGGGCUCGCUGGCAGAUGUCCUCACCGGAACCGAACGUGUGCUAAAUACUCCGCUGCCAAUCGCAUACACCAUCUCCAUCUCUCAGAUCACCUGGGCCUACGUCCUUGUCUUGCCCUUCCAGCUUUACAAGUAUUUGGACUGGGUCACCAUUCCUGGUACCAUGCUCGCCGCCUACAUCAUUCUCGCNGGCACCGAGAUCGAGAACCCCUUUGGCAACGACGUCAAUGACCUGCCCCUCGACGACUACUGCCGCGAAUUGGCUGCCGAUAUUGAUGUAUUGACCAGCACUCCUCCUCCCCGUGUCGAAGAUUGGGCACACGCUCCUAACAACCGUGUGCUACACCCCCUCAGCUCCACUGGUUUCGCAGGUUGGCAGAGCAGAAGUCUUGAGGAGAUUCGCGAGGCUCUCAGAGCAAAGGCCACCACCUCGGUCAAAUCUAUUAACGCAGAAAGAUCCGAGACNCCCUUUGCUGAGCCCAAGGUUGCAACCGUCUGA